UUUGCCUUUUUUGUCUGUUAAUUAUUGGUGUUACUGCUAACCGACCAACAGCGGUUAUUUUGUUACAUGUACUCCGGUUUCGGCUUACCGGAUGAGACAAGUGCGCAAAGUAUAACCAAAAGACAGUAGACACAUUCAGGAAGGACCUUCCAAUCGACUGCCUGAAGUGCGAUUGAGCAAACAAACAAGUUCCCACUUGGCAGCGCCAAGUGUCUGACACCGAUGAUUCUUUACAACAACGUACUAUUGAAUUUUUUGCACUCAAAUUCUAGCAUAUUUCUAUAAUUUGCCAAUUUUUAAACUAUGAACAGCGUCAAGGGCAUAAGAGACGCGUGUGUAGUUAAAAUCCAACGCGGCACAGCAGGUAAAAGGUUAAUGCGAAGAGAGUACAUCCCUGCGCUUGCCCUCACAUUUGCCGCGCUAUGCUGUUUGCUCCUGAUAAGCACAUGCCAUCAGGGCGCGUUUUUCGGCCAGCAGGAUGGCACGGACGCGAUAGAGCCAGACAUGCUUAUCCACAGUAACAAGCUCCACGCAAAUGCGGCAGGAUCGGGUCAAGCACAGUGUGGUAAUAUUGCUGCCGAUUGCGAAUACAUUGACGACAGUGGGAACGACUAUCAUCAACAGAACAACGACCUGAAUUCGUCACGAAACGCAAACUCGACGGACAACAGAACCAACUACAUUGAGGUUAUAGACAGAAACUACAGCCCAAAGUCCGACGCCAUGCCGUCGUGGCUGCCAAAAAACUCCAACUGCAAGGUCUUGGACAACAGCAACCUAGUACGGAUGUCCAACGAGUCGCGGAUUAUCUUGGCGAAUAACAGAGACGUUGCGCUGCACACGCUUGAGCCCGACCAGGACUCGCUGCUGAUACUCACCCCGGUUAAGAACAACGCCGAGCAUUUGGCGCGCUAUUUUGCACUUGUUGACAAGAUCAACUACCCACGCGACAAGAUAUCUAUAGCAUUCCUUGUCUCCGACUCGACCGACCGGACGCAGCAAAUGCUCAUAGAGUCGCGCCAGUGGUACCAGGAAAAGGCGCCUAUCGAGAUGCGGUUCAAGCGGUUUGACAUUUACCGACAGGAUUUCUUCUACGCGCUGCCUCGGAACCAGCGGCACUUGCGCGAGAAGCAGCGCGAACGGCGGAUCAUGAUGGCCCGGGCGCGCAAUUACCUGUGGACUCGCGCGCUUAUGAACGAGCAGUGGGUGCUGUGGAUUGACGGAGACCUGGAUUACUACCCGCCCAACAUUGUGCGCGACCUGAUGGCAUACAACAAGGAUGUUAUUGUGCCCAAUUGCCUUGUCCGCCGCAAGAACAACAACCGCUGGAAGCACAGCGUGUAUGACCGCAACGCGUGGCAAGAGACGCCCAAGAGCCUGGCGAUGAUCAAGACGCUUAAGGAUAACGAUUUUUUGGUCGAGGGCUACAAGACGCUUAAGACCUACCGCAAGUAUCUGGACAACUUUACAAAGAAUCAAACUGUUGUUCCAUUGGAUGGUGUUGGCGGAACAUUCACGUUGGUCAAGGCACACGUUCAUCGCUCGGGGGUCGGCUUUCCCGCUUGGCUGUUUCAACACCAGGUCGAAACCGAGGGAUUUGCCAAGCUCGCCAAGGCGCAUGGGUAUGGCGUGUUUGGCCUGCCGUAUUACUACAUCCGCCAUGUGGUUGGAUAAAACCAAAACCGAGUGUGAAG